UUAGAGGAGAGGAAAGUGAUCAGGAACAGUCAGCAUGGAUUCACCAAGGGAAGGCUGUAGUGUCCAGGAGGAGACAAGAAAUACAGCCUGAGGAGAUCCUGAGACAUGGGACAAUGAAGCCGUCUUAGUGGCUUAGAGGGAGGCACAAGGAGUUCCCAUCCUUACCCAUGAAUUCACAGAGCAAUUUGACCACACCUUUGUGGAGGUAAUGGAAGCUGGAACAGGUUUGUGCAAUGGCAGGACCUCGGCAUCUGCAAGAGUUAUUUUAAGGAGUGCUUCAGAGAUCACCUGAACCCAGCCAAGAGGAAAAGACUGCCCAGAAGGGCAGAGUCUCCAGAUAUAGACACCAGCGUGGACCCAAUUCACCAGAGUACCUAAAAAAGACACAAGGCCUCAAUGAUCCUUAACCAAAUGCACAUUCACUGUGCAGAACCCUGGCCAACUCUGGCUUGGUAAGCACAGUUCCUAUGGCUUGGUUUGACUUGUGCUAUUCACCUAUCAGGGAGAAACCAUGUGGGGAUGAUUAAUUCUGUUUUACACAAGUGAUAUGUAAACUCACCUGGACAUCCUGCUACCAUGAAAACAAUUGGAGGAGCCACUGCUUGACCACCCCCAGUGAACACAUCUUAAAGGUGUUAAAAACUGUCAGAGGUCUUUCUGAAUGAAGGAAUCCAAUUUCAAGGUUCUUACAGGGGUUGUAGCUGGUAUCAGGAGAUGAGCUGCCAUUCAGGGAACCGCGAGAGGUCAUCUAAUCCUGCCCCCUGCACUCAAGGACAUGAACGGCGUGGAGGAGGGGGUGGAGUUCCUCCCCACCAUGAAUGCCAAGAAGGUGGAGAAGCGUGGCCCAAAGCGAUGGGUGGUGGUGACUGCUGUGCUGAUCAUCUUCCUGCUCGUCUCCCUCCUUGUCGGCCUCCUGGUGUGGCACUUCAAAUACCGGAGAGCCCCUGUCCAGAAGGUUUACAAUGGCCACCUAGUGAUUCAGAAUUUGAAGUUCAUUGACGCCUACGAGAACUCCAGCACCACCGAGUUUGCCAUGCUCUCCAAGAAGGUGAAGCAGACGAUCAAGGGGAUCUAUAAAAAUAAUCAAGACAUUGGCCCUUAUCACAAGGAGACAGUAAUAACUGCAUUCAGCGAAGGCAGCGUCAUUGCCUAUUAUUGGUCGGAGUUCAUUGUCCCAGCAUACAGGGCCAAGGCGCUCGACAAGGCCAUGGCAGACGAGCAGAGUCUGAUCCAAAUGGUGAAGUACAAGUCACGGAACCCUAUGUUGCAAGUCAAUUCGAUUGUUGCUUUCCCUGCUGAUCCCAGUAUAAUCCAAUCAUCACGAGGCAGUAGCUGCAAUUUUGCCCUUCACGCCAAGGAAGGUGAGAUCACCAGCUUCACUACCCCGGGCUUUCCCAACAGCCCGUACCCGAACAAUGCUCGUUGCACGUGGGUCCUGAGGGCCGACGUCGACUCCAUCAUCAGCCUGACCUUCAAGACGUUCGACGUGGAGGUCUGCAGCAAAGGGAGCGACGUCAUCAAGGUCUACAACUCCCUGAGCCCCAUGGAACCCGACGAACUUGUGACUCUGUGUGGCAUUUACCCUCCGUCCUACAACCUGACCUUCCUGUCCUCCCAGAACGUCAUGCUGGUGACGCUGAUCACCAACGCUGAGGGGCGGAACCCUGGCUUCAAGGCGGAGUUCUUCCAGCUCCCGAAGGCUAAAACCUGCAGCAAGACUUUGAAAGGAGAAAGUGGAACCUUCACCACCCCUUUCUACCCGGCCCACUAUCCGCCCGACAUGGAUUGUGUCUGGAACAUAGAGGUCCCCUCUACAAAGAACGUGAAGGUGCAUUUCAACGUGUUCUACGUAUUGGAACCUGGCACCCCGGUCAGUUCCUGCCCCAAGGAUUAUGUGGAGAUCAGCAAUACAAAGUACUGUGGAGAGCGCUCCCAGUUUGUGGUGGCAAGUAAAAACAAUAAAAUCACGGUCCGGUUCCAUUCAGACCAGUCGUACACAGACACUGGCUUCUCGGCAAAGUUCCUGUCUUACGAUUCCAGUGACCCCUGUCCUGGCAAGUUCACCUGCAACACUGGCCGCUGCAUUGAUAAAGUCAUGCGCUGUGACGGCUGGGUGGACUGCACGGAUGCCAGCGACGAGCGCGCCUGCAAUUGCACCACGGAGCAGUUCAGGUGUAAUAACGGCUGGUGCAAGCCACGCUUCUGGCUCUGCGACGGUGUGAAUGAUUGCGGGGACGACAGCGAUGAACUGCAGUGCAAAUGCCCAGAUAAGCACUUCAAGUGCAGCAACGGGAAAUGCAUCCCUGAAACCCAGAAAUGUGACAGCAAGGACGACUGUGGGGACGGGAGUGACGAGGGCACCUGCAGCAAAGUAGUGAAGUCCGUCCCCUGCAAGGAUUACACCUACAAAUGCCACAACAGCUUGUGCGUGAGCAAGACCAACCCGGAGUGCGAUGGGACGAAAGACUGUGAUGAUAACUCGGACGAGGAGAGCUGUGACUGUGGGAUCCGCUCUUACAGCAAGCAGACCCGGAUUGUCGGCGGGCAGGACUCGGAAGUGGGCGAGUGGCCGUGGCAGGUCAGCCUGCACGUGAAAAGCCAAGGGCAUAUCUGUGGGGCCUCGCUGAUAUCGGACAAGUGGCUGGUGUCAGCAGCACACUGCUUCCAAGAUGAGUCGCAGAUCAGGUACUCGGACCCCAAGCAGUGGACGGCCUUUCUCGGGCUUCACGACCAGAGUGAGCGGACUAACGAGAUGGUGCAAGAGCGGAGCAUCAAGCGCAUCAUCACCAACUCCCAAUUCAAUGACUUCACCUACGACUACGACAUCGCUGUGCUGGAGCUGCAGAGUCCCGUCAACUUCACCACCACCGUCCGGCCCAUCUGCCUGCCCGAUGCCACCCAUGACUUCCCUGCUGGCAAGGAAAUCUGGGUGACCGGGUGGGGGGCCACCUCGGAAGGAGGUAUUGGUGCCAGCAUCCUGCAGAAGGCGGCGAUUCGGGUGAUUAACCAGACCAUGUGCAACACGCUGCUGGCUGACCAGAUAACGUCGCGCAUGAUUUGUGUGGGGAUCCUGACCGGGGGUAUUGAUGCCUGCCAGGGGGACUCAGGCGGGCCGUUGGUUAGCGUGGAGAGCAACAACAGGCUGUUUCUGGCCGGCGUGGUCAGCUGGGGAGACGGCUGCGCCCGGCGGAACAAGCCGGGAGUCUACACUCGGGUCUCCAAGCUGCGGGACUGGAUCAAGCAGCACACCAGUCUCUAGGAGGGCUCCAGCGAGGGACUCUUGAUCCGGAUGGACACACAGGGCGGGCGGCGCCUCUCACGUUCCGCUCUGGGUCUCUUUCAAGCCGGUGGUUGAAGACACUCCCAGCUGAUGUGAAGGGAAUCGUGUGUGUGUGUGUGUGUGUGUGUGUGUGUGUGUUUCGUUUCCUCCCCUCCCCCAUGGACUGGACCAGCGGGACGCCUGGCCUGUUUGAAGGCAUGGGGGUGAGAAGUGGGCAGCUUGGAUCCUUCCCCGUAUUCCCUCCCCUCCUCCUUCAGGGAGCUGCCCCUAAUGUGAAUUUAACCCCUACCUCUGGUGAGCAGGAACCUACAAAGGGAGAGCAUAGGAAUCCUCCUCCCAUCUCACCUCAGCAUGAACUGUGAUGGGCGGGCGCACAUUCUGGAGGGAGUGGGGAGAACCCCCGGCUCAUCCUAGUCCAAAGGGACAGGGCUGCAGCAGCCACCGGGGUGCUGCACAAAGGACACGCUUGUCCGUAUUUAAAGUGGGGCUGUGUAACUGUGUGUGUGUGUGUGUUUUUCCCCAGAACUGCCCAGUGUUUGGCAGGUGAUGGCAGAGCUGUUUUUUGAUGAAUGACGAGGUGUAGUUAUUAACCCUCCGAGGGACUGCCCAUUCAACCCCCCGCUCUGGUCCUAGGAACCAUCUAGGUCGCGUUCAGAUGGGCUUUUAAAUACCCAUUUUUUAACCGUGUUUUUGAUUCUUGUUUUCGGAGCAGGUUUAAUUGUUGAGGAUCUCCAGUUGCCCCCGAUAGUGCUGCAUGGGGCAGGUUAGCAGUCUGUAUUGGUUGCCUACCGUUGAAUGACCCCCCAAAAACUCCUCUCCUUGACUCCAGUAAAAUACUUAAAUGAGAGGUUGACUAUCAAGAGGUAAAAUCUCCUCUGAUCUGUCAAUGAUGGAAAACCAGGCUCUGUUGGACCCGCUCCCUUCUCCCGCCCUGAGCUGCUGCACUCUGCCUCCGGCCUGGCAGUGGUUCUGGGACGGGACAGCUCGUCCUGGUCUUAGAUCCUUUCCUUAUGUCAGUGCAACGAAUGCCAGGCUCUGCAUGGCAGAGAAGGCUCACUGCUGCCCACUGCAGGGGAGUGAUGGAGGUGAUAGUGAUGUUUCAAAUGAAUCUUUCCUCACAAGAGUGGUUUUGAUCUGCUUGUUUUGGAGCAAAGCGGAGGUGGUUGGCGACACCCUGCUUGGAUCCUGAGAGCUGAGUCAGGGAGGAGAUGACUGGGAAAUCCCCCUGGUGCAAGACAGCUAUUCUCACGCGCAGGGCGGUUGAGAUGGCACGUGGCAGUCAGCUCGGCCUAGCCAGGGCGCUGUUUGUGCUGGGGUGGCUGCCGUUCAGUCAGUCCGUCUGUUCUCACUGGACCGUUACUGAGUGCCAGCAGCUGACCCUGCUUGCUGAGAGCUAGGUUUGUGUACCAUGCACACUAGGGGAUCUAGCAUGUCAGGGGAUGGAUCUACAGAGCCUGCAUCUCCUUUUGAGGUGGGUUGUGCCUAAGUUUAAACACAGAGGUUUGGCCCACCGGUCUCAGCACACUGCUCAGAUCCACUACCUUCUGGGACUUGUAGUCCCUCUGCAAGGUUCGUCACGCAAACCCACAAGGAAAUGCAUCUAGCCUCUGUUGAGGGGCCUCUGGGGGUCACAUUGCAGAAUUCCAGAUGGGCCAGUCGCUAUUGAGUUGCGGGCUGAACUUUGCUCCCCCCUUGUCCGCCUGCUUUUCACAAGAAUGGUUUAAAUGUAGCCACUGGAGAGCCUGUGUGUGUGUGUGUGUGUGUACGCAUUAUCUAUCUUCUGACCUGUUUACGGGUCAGAUUGGCAUUGCCACAAUGUGCCUUAACUGUAAGAAGGGAAGUGUGACCUCGUUAGCUGUCUGUGAAACCCCACCGCCCGUCUGUGGGACGCGAGCACCUCAGUCCUUUAGCUGGUUCUUUAGUCCUUGCGGGAGGCUGAAGCCUUAGGUGCCAUGUGAGAUUGUGGAGACGAAGGGUCACACGGUGGUUGCUCUUCAGGGUACCCCAAAGUAGGCCCCCAGGCAGUGCGUUGAGAUCCUGAGCACAGGGCCGACCCCGUAGUCCUUAUAUGGACCAGUGGGAAUAUUGGGAAUGAUAAUGGCUGCAGCAUCAGACCCAGACUCUGUAAUGCCUUUGAGCAGGACGUAGGCAGGAUAUGGACUGGGAGCCCCAAUGGGAGACUUCUGGCUGCUUGGGAACAUGACUGCAAGCCCUGCUCUGUGUGUAUGUGUAGUGGUGAUGUGAUAGAAGUUAUUUUGUGAUUGGCUAGCGUUGCUAUGGGGACAAGGUGGGAGUAGGGACUUGCAGGUACCGGUGAGUGGUUCCUCCAUGAAUCUUUGGUACUUCCCUUUUCUUGCCAGUGCUGGGCCCUGAUCCUGGAAUCACUGGCACCCUGCUCGUUGCAGGAUGAGGCAGCAAUCUGCCAGGACAGAGGGGAGCUGAUAAACGUGUAAAAUCAUUUGCUCGUUUGAACAGCUUGCCGCAGCCCUAAAGAGAGUGUUGCCGUUUUAGGAAAUGUCUCUGCCUGCCUCUGGUCCCUGGCACAAGCCAGGCUGGGUUAAGAGGCGGCGCUUGAUGGCUUUUUAAUCUAUGUUUUUUAAAAAGGAAUGUUGCAAAAUGAUUUCAAAUGUGCUGAUUUUGAUCCGGUUUUCUUCUGUAUAUAUUGCUCCCUACGGUAGUAUUGUACAUAUGUUGGAGUGAUGAAAGCAGGCCUUUCCUGCUCAGUUUAACCUCCUUCCGCACGUCUUUGUUGUAAAGUCACUUUUUUGUAAAGAUCUGAAUCAAAUGGAGAGGCUUGGAGAAAAUCUGUAUUAAACUGGGGAUUUUUGUAUUA